CAAACCUCUCCCGCUAAUAAUGACAUGCAGUGUGACCUGUGUCACUCCCGCAAGGUCCGCUGCGAUAGAAAAGACCCAUGCGGCAACUGCCAGGAUGCAGAAAUUACGUGUGAUCGAAAGCGAACCACGAAGCGGAGAUGCAUGGCUAGCCGUCGCCAGGAAACAUCAAGCGCUGGCCCUUCUCACAUUUCUCGACUUCAAAUUCUUCCUGAUGUUGAAUUUGACGAAUUGGUGACAUCUUCAAACGAAGUCGUACCGUUCUUACCGACCUCUCGUGCUAUAUCACAGCUGGCGUGGGAUGAUUCACUCACACCCAACGCUCGAAUUCUAUACGAUCCCAUUUAUGACGCGCAAUCAACUAUUCUGCGCCAACUGCGCCAGUUACCGGGACUCACUUUCGAUAGACGCAAUGUGCUAGAAACCGCACUCUCGGUCAUGAACGUAUUAUCAAAUGACCCAUCAGCUUUUGCACAGGAGGCGCAGAGUGGAAUCCCAGGCGCCGGAUCACCGAGGAUUCCACCUAUCGAGUUCCUUACUUGGAUGUUGAAAGAUAUCGAGACCGACAGGUUCGGGCCAUUCGUUGCAGAUUACUUCAGACAUGUUUCAACAGGAACUUUGAAACAUAUGGGUCUUUCUCUCCUUCGCAAGAGGGUAUCGCAGCCCGAGUCUAUCAUUUAUACUGUCUGUGUCAACGCUGUUGCAUACAAGUUUCUUACAACCGUGAUCAAUCUCGAGGACGAUCCAGAUCUCGCUCUCGAACUCCAGGAAAAUGCUAUGGAGUACCGAGCGGCGGCUCAAGUCGCACUGAAGCAAAUUCCACUACUCGUCGCACCGUCACUUGGUUUAUUACAGGCUAUUCUUUGUGGUGUAUUCCUUCAUCAAGGCGCCGGUGACGUUGGUCUGAGCGGCGACCUUACCAAGGCCGCUUGCAAAACUUGUACCGAUCUCGACCUUCCGGGAGUCGUAUUGAGGGGAGUAGCAACGGAAGAGGAGCUAUUCUGCUUCCUUUGGUGUUUUACCUUGGACAGAAAUCACGCUUACAAAGUACGAACCUCGCGGUGUCUUCUCGAUGUACACCUCCCACCCACUUUCGCCGAUCUAUAUCCUACUUUCCCCGAGAUCGCUGAGCUUCUUUUGAUCUACGUUGAUCUGGCUCGGGUCCAAGACACAGUUGUGUCAUAUCUUCCAGACUCUUUGGCUCAGCACGUUUCAUCGUUACAUGUGGUUGGGGAACAUAUGCUUCUUCAAAUGGAGUCUAUAAACCACCGCAUGAACCAGAUUGACACAUUGUCUUCAGAGUGGAAAGGACUUGACCGUCAGACUGAAAUGUCUGCUCUAAAGUUCGCAUACCAAUCUGUAAUGACUGGCAUUCUCUAUCUUCUCCAAGCUGAUUCCGAUCAACCGCUUCACUCAACGGAUGGAUAUCUCCAAUCCGCACGCCAAGAGCUCUCUGCGUUGGUAUCAAUGUGUCACACAGCCGAAAAGCAAACGGCCGUCAGCUUUUUGAACUGGACAAUUUUACUCUAUCCCGCCACCGCAUACUUGGUCCUCUUCUGCAACGUCGUCGCCACAUCUGACAUCGGGGACUUCAAUCUGAUGAAAGCUAUCGCCGAUUGCCUAACACAGACAGGUAUCAGCUAUCCUCUGGUUCAACUCCGUACACUAUUCCAGAAUUUCCUCGGCCUUUCUCAGGGUUUCUUCGGCGACGAACGGAAUAUGCAGUUGCUGACGGGACCGCUGGAUGCCGCUUCGUACCCAAGGAACUCCAUCUCGGUCUCGUGGGACCACCAGUCCUUCAAUGAGUUUGUGUUCAAUGGCGCGGAAAGCUUUUCUGGUAUGCUGGGCAUGUCGGAUGGUGAGUUCCCAUUGCUGUAUGGAGACUCUGUUUGA